GUCAGUUUCACGCCAGGUAGCAAGGUGAGCGCCGCGUUCGUAAAAAUCGAAUUUCGAUUUCGCCAUUCACUUUAUAUAAGUUUUGUGGGAAAGUGAGUGCGUGUAAUUAUAUUUGUGUAACAAAAGGAUGUAAUAGUUAAAACAGGUGACAAUGACACUGGAGGGUGACGAGCCAGCUGGCUGCGUCAACAGAGCCUUCGAGGGAGUCGAUGAUGGCUUCCAAACGAUUGACUUAAGAACAACAAUCAGAAGAAAUGGGCAUUAUCAGGGUGAAGAAGAUACAGCAUCACAGUUGUCGCCUGAAGAAAGAGCGCUCAGAUGUGGUUGGGGUCUGAUUAGACCGCGGUGGCUUCAGAGAUUCCGUACUGCAAAAUGGGCGCUUUUCUGGCUAUGCUGGGCGGGGGCUAUACAGGGAAUGGUAGUGAACGGAUUUGUAAAUGUGGUGAUAACUACCAUCGAGAAGCGAUUUGGGCUAAGAUCUAUGCAGACUGGAGUUAUAGCGGGAGGAUACGAUAUGGCAUCAUUCGCUUGCUUGGCACCAGUUACCUAUUUAGGUGGUCGCAGCAGCGCCUCGAAGCCUCGCUGGCUGGGCUGGGGCUCUCUCCUCAUGGGUACAGGUUCCCUACUCUUCGCGUUACCACAUUUUCUUGUACCACCAUAUAAGAUUGCUGGUGAUGAACCUGAUGACCUGUGUAGUGCUAAUAGGACGUCAGCCCUUCAAUGCAAUGACGAGAUGACGUCAGAUGGUGGCGCUUGGGCAGUCGGGAUUUUUGUCUUGGCUCAACUCUUGCACGGCGCAGGCGCAACUCCACUCUUCACAUUAGGAGUUACAUAUAUUGAUGAGAACGUCUCUAAGAAGAUGUCUUCAGUUUAUUUAGGUAUUUAUUAUACAAUGGCGGUGUUAGGUCCAGCGCUGGGCUACGUGCUGGGAUCACAAAUGCUUUAUAUAUAUACAGACUUCGCGACAGUGAACUCUGAAACAUUAGGAAUUACUCCUCUAAGUUCAGUGUGGAUAGGGGCGUGGUGGAUUGGUUUUAUUUUUUCUGCCCUCCUCUGUCUGAUCGUGGCUGUCCCUCUACUAGCAUUCCCUUAUGAACUGCCGGGAGCAGCAGAAAUCCGAGCAUCGAAGGUAUCAGAAGCUCACGAGGGUUCAGCUUCUAAGUCAGCUGCAUUCAGCGCCUUACGCGAGUUACCGCGAGCCGCGGUGGCUCUCUUCAAGAAUCCUACAUUCAUGUUUCUUAACUUAGCUGGGGCGAGUGAAGGAAUGCUUAUAUCGGGAUUCGCUGCUUUUCUGCCAAAACUCAUUGAAAACCAGUUCGCCGUCAGCGCUUCGUAUGCUGCGCUACUCUUAGGUGUAAUAACAGUUCCUGCGGGAGGUGGUGGCACUUUCGCCGGAGGAUGGCUGGUGAAGAGGUGGAGGCUCGCUUGCGCCGGUAUCAUUAAGCUAUGCGUAGGCGCAACAUUACUGGCGGGACUGUUUACUUUCUCCUUCGUAUUAUCAUGUGACGACUAUCCAUUUGCUGGGAUCACGGCUGCGUAUUCUAGUCCUAGGGUGCCAGGGAGCGACCGACUCCUCGCGGAAUGCAACGCGGGUUGCGGUUGCGCAGGCGCCCCUUACGCGCCCGUGUGCGGGGCAGACGGCAUCGUGUACUUCUCUCCUUGCCACGCCGCCUGCACCACCGCCACCACCAGUGGCACUGCGCAGCUCUAUCACCACUGCGCCUGCGUCAGUUUCAAUGGCACGCUGCCGGUUUAUACCGAACCAGAUGGUACCAAUGCGGUAAUGUACGAGGCUAUUAACAGCACGUGCAAGUCAGACUGCCCAUAUCUGUGGCUCUUCGUCUUCCUCACGUUCUGCGUGAUGCUGUUCACAUUCUUGGCCACUAUGCCAGCACUUUCAGCUACCUUAAGAUGUGUUCGCGAGGAUCAACGAUCAUUUGCAUUAGGAAUACAAUGGAUUCUAGUUCGGCUCCUGGGCACAAUACCAGCGCCUUUGCUGUUUGGGUUUCUCAUUGACUUGUCAUGUUCCGUCUGGGGAUCAGGGCAGGCCGAAUGCGCCAAGACUGGGGCCUGUCAUCUGUAUGAUAAUAAGAAUAUGAGCAGGUAUAUGUUAGCAUUAGCUUUCGCGGGUAAACUAUGUUCACUUAUCUUCUUCUUCCUCGCGUGGUGGUUCUACCGACCACCAGGCACGAAGAAUGGCAACGCGGUGGGUCCAUCCAUUGACCUGGUACAUAGCGAGAAGAGCAAUGGUACCAUACCCACAGUGGCUACAGUUAGUACUAUUUCAAACGGUGUAGACAAAACAAAUGGGUAUUGUAAUGCAGCAUUGGAAUGCAGUGAUCAUUUAUAAAAUAGUCGUUGAAUUAUUGAUUAGCAUGCAUAAUUCAUUGCUUAAAAGGAGUUAAUUGACAUUAAUUUUCCAGAAUGUUUAGGCAUCACAUAGGCCUAACAAGAUUAGGGGUUUUUGAAUAUUUGUACUAAGGUUACAGAUGACAUGAUGAUAUAGAUUAAGAUUUUUCUUUAAUAUAAGUAUAAAUUAUUCAAUGGUUAUAUAACUCUUUAUGAAAGUGGUAUAAGAAAAGAAUGUCAUGAGCUACUUUUGAAACUUUUCAAUCGCUGCCAGGAAUGUUAAGAUAAAAGUGGUUAGUGCAAUUUUGUACAAUAAUAUUAGUGUAAGUAGUCAUUAGUAUCCUAUUAUCAACAAGUGACCAAUUUUGGACAGUAUUCAAUAUUACAAUUUUCAUAUGUAUGGUUUAUUGUAGAUAAUGUAACUUAAAUAUUUUAUAAUUAUAAAGACUGUUGUGACCUGCUAAAAAAACAAAAUUCUUCACAUGAAAUAUAGUUGAUUAAAUUUUUCAAUAUUUUUUAUAUUAAUGUUGAUUUGAAAGAAAAUUUUAAUUUUUACGACCGAACUGACAAAAUUGAAAGUAGUGACAUUUAUUCUAAAUGAAACAUGUAAGUACAAUAAAAGCAAGCUAUAUUUUUGUUAUAUAAUUUAAGUAUGUUUUUCACAUUUUAGAUAUUUGUUAUUUUUGUAUAUUGUAUUUUGGUUGAAGACUGAUUCUUAACUUAGUUAUAACUUAGCAUUAGAAGUUCGCAUAAUAAAAUAAUGGAGAAUAAAAAGUUCCAUAUUAUUUUAGCACAAAACGCUAAAUGAAAUCGUAAUAACAAAACAUAUACAUUCCAGGUGUAAACCCUUUUAUACAUUUUCGUAAUGUUUGUAUAAUUAGAUAAGUCGUUUUGAGAUGUACAAUUUUACAGUUAUGAUUAUUAAAAAUUGUAUAAAAUGUGA